AUGGCGGGGGCCACCACCAUCGAGGCGGUGAAGCGCAAGAUCCAGGUGCUGCAGCAGCAGGCGGACGACGCCGAGGAACGGGCCGACCGCCUGCAGCGGGAGGUGGAGGCCGAGCGCCGCAACCGCGAGCAGGCUGAGGCAGAAGUGGCAUCUUUGAAUCGCCGUAUCCAACUGGUAGAGGAGGAGUUAGACCGAGCCCAGGAGCGCCUUGCCACAGCUCUGCAGAAGCUGGAAGAGGCGGAGAAGGCUGCAGAUGAAAGUGAAAGAGGCAUGAAAGUCAUUGAAAACAGAGCUCUGAAGGAUGAGGAGAAGAUGGAACUGCAGGAGAUCCAGCUCAAGGAAGCCAAGCACAUUGCAGAGGAGGCGGACAGGAAGUAUGAGGAGGUUGCUCGGAAACUGGUGAUCAUAGAAGGAGAUCUGGAGCGUACUGAAGAGAGAGCUGAGCUUGCAGAGUCUAAAUGUUCCGAGCUGGAAGAAGAGCUGAAGAAUGUCACCAACAAUCUCAAGUCUCUUGAGGCUCAGGCUGAGAAGUACUCUCAAAAAGAGGAUAAAUAUGAAGAAGAGAUCAAGAUCCUGACUGAUAAACUCAAAGAGGCGGAGACCCGUGCUGAAUUCGCUGAACGGUCUGUAGCCAAGCUGGAGAAGACCAUUGAUGAUUUGGAAGAUAAGUCUUGCGAUUCCAAACUCCACUUUGGAUUUGCCUCUCUGUUUGGUGGCUUGUUCUGCAUCUGCACCCUGCAUUCAUGCUCUCAUCAUCUCACUCUCAAUUCCAGUACCUUUUUCCAGUUACUGUGCACAGGGCGUCACUCGGAACGAGUGCCUUAAAGACGCUGAAGCUUGACGGCAGCAGCGGCAGCAGCCCCCCAGUUAUGCUGCACUUGCUCCUAAACAAAGCUCCCCCUGUUUGACCCGAUGUGCCAGACACUGCUGUGCUCUGAGGGGCUGCCCUUUCAAUGUCUGGGUGUAGCUGGGAGUAUGUUGUUCUCAUCUGCAUAUCUUGUGUAGAGCUAUAAAGCUCCUUUUGUAUUUCUCUUGCCUCUUGCUUGAGCAUGAUGUCACCUUUUUUUAAGGAAAACAAUUCUUGUAUAAAUUGAAUGGAAUGGCUGGUGCUUUUGAGAAAUGGGUUUCUAGUGACCACUUGCUGCUUUAGAGUAACUGUUUCAACGUUGCCUUCAAACCAGUGUAACCCUCAUCACCCUUGGUGGAAUACACAGACUUCAUUGACGCGCUGGAUUUUUCCCUUUGGGUGUCUUUUUGGCUCACAGAUGUGAAUUGCAGCUCUGCAAACGGUGCCUCAGUGUGCAGCAUGCUCUGUAGGGUCAAACUGGAGGCUGGGGUUUGUAGCAGGAAGUCCUCGAGCUGUGCCUGCUUCAGCCUGGCUGAAGACACUCCUCUCACCUGCCUGUGCUCUGUAGUGUUCACUGGCAUCAGUUGCCAAAUGCUGGCUUGCAGUGGGAAGUCACCACACCUGAUAGUCACUAAGUCACUGGCGGGGUGUGAAAGCUAAUAAAUAUCAAGUGAGCUCUGGCUGGUUUCCAGUUGGACAGGACUGGUUGGGUGUGAGGUGCUGCCUGUGCCUGCCGGGGGGAUGUAUGAGUCCUUGUUUCAGGAAUGAGAAUGCACCUCAGCAGGGCUGUGGGCAUCUGAGGCAGGGAAUCUGUGUUUUGCAGAGUCCUCCCCUCCCCGUGCAGGGACUGAGGGUGACAGGAUCCUCCUGGGAAUGUGGCAUGAAGCCUUACACUGAGCACUGCAGCUGGUGGCAGGCUGCAAACACUUGACGUGCGUCACCACUGGUCUGAGUCUGUUGCUAGUUGCUCUGGUAUCAUAA